CGGUAUUAUCAUCAUCAUGUCCGUUCAUCAUGUCCCAAGUUUUUAUUUCUAAAGCAUAUUCUGCACUUUGAACGCCGACAAGAUGAGUAACCUGUGCAGGGAAGUCAUCACUCUGCAGCUCGGACAUUAUUCCAACUUCAUCGGAACCCACUGGUGGAAUUUGCAGGAUGCAUCUUUAUCGUACGACCCCGAGUCGCCGCCAGGGGAGAUCCAGAGUGAUGUGGUGUUUCGUGAAGGACAGACUCCAGGCGGACACGUCACGUACACGCCGCGCCUCAUCGCCAUGGAUCUCAAAGGAAGUCUUUGUACUCUGAGGCAGGAAGGAAGUCUGUAUGACUCUGGAAACGACACCCCUGCUGUCAACUGGGAGGGAAGCCUCGUGACGCACAAAGAAAGUCCUGCAGCCAAAAACCCCUUCCUGGAAGAUCUGGACAAACUGGACAAAGGGGGGAUCCUCGCGGAGGCAGAUUUCUCCUGCAGCUCCCGUCCUCAUGAACCAGCGGGCCAGCUGAGCGUGGACGCGGUGGACGCGGUGGACACGGUGAACAGCCGUCUGCAGCGGCUCCAGAAGGGCUACCGGCUGGAGGGCAGCGUGAAGGUCUGGUCCGACUUCCUGAGGAUCCACCUGCACCCUCGGACCAUCUCCGUCAUCCACCAGUACAACCACGACGGGGAGGCCCACCGCCUGGAGGCCUUCGGCCAGGGGGAAACCCUCCUGCAGGGGGCGCUGCUGGAGGAGCUGGAGGACCGGCUGCACUUCUUUGUGGAGGAGUGUGAUUAUCUCCAGGGUUUCCAGGUGCUGUGUGACCUGGCGGACGGCUUCUCCGGCCUGGGCUCCCGGCUCACCGAGCUGCUGCAGGACUCGUACGGGGGGCGGGGCAUCCUGACGUGGGGGGCGGCGCCCGUCAGUCACCCGCACUCGACGCCGGUGAAGGACCUGUACCGCCUGCUGAACUGCACCCUGGGAACCAUCCACAUGGCCAAUCACAGCUCUCUGUUCUGCCCGCUGACCCUGCGCGGCGGGCUGGGCCGGCGGCCCACCUCCCCCCCGCUGUUCCCCCACCUCUCCUACGAUCCGUCGGUGUGGUACCACUCCAGCUCCGUCCUGGCGUUGGCCCUGGACGCCCUCACCACGCCGUACCGGCUGAGGAGCAGCAGCACCCCCAUGUGGCAGGUGGCGGACUCUCUGACCGGCUCAGGGAGGAAGGUAGUGGCUGCUUACGGAGCCGUCCCGUUUCCCAUGAUGCACGGCUCCUCCCUGCCGGACUCGCUCAACGCCUGUGCUGACGCAUUGCCAUGGAAACCUCUCUCCGCUUGCUCUGAACUGGGGGACGGCCGAUGUUACGCACAGUGGGCCACACUGAUGGGCUUCGAAGGCCAGAAACUCGUCAGCCGCGUGUCUCCGGGGAUGAAGCCGCCCACUCCUCUGCACAGCCUGCACAGCGGCGAGGACGUCCUGGCCGCCUACAUCUCCUCCUUCUACCCCUCCGCCCCCCUGGCUCUGCAGCUCGUGUCCAGCCCCAGCAGGCUGACCCCGCCCUUCCCUCAGAUCUUCAGCCCGGAGCUGGGACCGCGGGGCUUCCUGCAGCCGCCGGCGCUCAGCGCGGCGGCUCCGCCCGUGUCCUCGGUGCCCGUCCUGACCUCGCUGCAGUCGGGCCCCGCCCUGGACCCCUGGCUCUCAGAGAUGCACCGCACCGUGAGCAGCCUGGACAUCCGCCGCGUGGCCCCCAGCUUCCUCUCCCAGGGGCUGGAGAUGGUCGACUACCAGGAGGCCCUGGAGCAGCUGCGGGUGCUGGCCCGCUGUUACCGGGACGACGGCCACGGUGCCACGCGCUCCUCCUCCGAGGAGGACGACGACUGAGGGCCUGGAGGGCCGGGUGAAGGCAAGGUGAAGAGGGCGCGGCGUCCUGGGGGACGGCGGGCGGCGACCUGGAACGGGAGGGAGGAGAAGCUGCCUCCACCUCCACCUCCAGCACAGCUUAAAGCUGCUCAAGGUUGUAAAAGAAAAGUGCAGCGUUUCAGGUGUGACGUGUGGCGUGAGACCCCCCGGACACGCGCUCACGCCUCAGGACCCUCCGGCCAGGAAGUGCUCCUCAACCCUGAACCCAGACUCGGGCUGAGGGAUCCGUCCCACCGCCACUCCGGGGAGCUCCUGCAGUAACCAGCCAGAGGAAAGAAACGUCCA